UCCCUUUCAGGCGCCUUCCUUUGUUUACUUCCGUUGGGUGCAUCACUGAGCACAGUCCCCCGGAUCGGGGACUUCCGGAGAGUGGCCAGGAAGACUCUCAGCCCGCAGAAGGAGGAGACUAUUGAAGAGCGGACACUUCCGGGGUUGUCAGUGACUGGGGAGUGACGGACAUGGCGGAGGAGAGCUGUGAGCUGAAUGGCUCCGGGGCGGCGGUGGGAUGCCGGAGGUGUGCGGCUCCGGGGGAGAGAGGUGGGGUGUCUAAGUGGGUCCGGCUCAAUGUGGGGGGGACGUGCUUCCUGACAACCCGACAGACCCUGUGCAGGGACCCCAAAUCCUUCCUGUACCGGCUGUGCCAGGCGGACCCGGACCUGGACUCUGAUAAGGAUGAAAUUGGUGCCUAUAUAAUAGACCGGGACCCCACAUACUUUGGGCCAGUGUUGAACUAUUUGAGACACGGGAAGCUGGUGAUAAACAAAGACCUAGCAGAAGAAGGUGUUCUGGAAGAAGCCGAAUUCUACAAUAUCACAUCAUUAAUUAAGAUUGUAAAGGACAGAAUAAGAGAGAGGGACAGUAAAACAUCACAGGUGCCAGUUAAACAUGUUUACAGAGUGCUGCAGUGUCAGGAGGAAGAGCUCACUCAGAUGGUCUCCACAAUGUCUGAUGGCUGGAAGUUUGAGCAGUUUGUCAGCAUAGGUUCCAUGUAUGGAUGCAGGCGGGAUCGACAGUCAGAGUUUCUGCUCAUUGUUUCAAGGGAAGUAAAAGAGGAGGAGACCAUCCUCCAGAAAUUCAGCGGUGAGCUGGUCAACAUUGGUUCUUCCUAUAAUUAUGGAAAUGAAGACCAGGCAGAAUUUUUGUGUGUGGUCUCCAAAGAAUUGCACAAUACCCCAUACGGCACAACUAGUGAACCUAGUGAAAAGGCAAAGAUUUUGCAAGAACGAGGCUCCAGAAUGUGAAGUGUCCCUUUUCCCCUCCAUACAAUUUUAUUGCAAGCAAAGAAAUCACCUUUGGAAAGCCACCACAAGAAGCCUGCUUUAGAUCCUAGAAUUAUAUUUUGUUUUUCAAAAGUUGAAAAGUUGCAUUUUUGGGUGGAAGCUUCAGUGUUUAAUGGGAAAUGUGUAUUGAACAGGAACUUCUAUUAAGUGGGUCUAUUGCCUAUUUUCCCUCCCAGCCCCUAACUUGUUUGUUCUCUCUACAAUAUAAUUUUUUGUACAGCAUUGAUACAGAAAAGUGGUAAA